GUUGGCAGAUUGCACGGUGGAUGGAGAGCUCUGCCUGACCUAGGAAGCUCAGUGAGCCAGUGAUGACGAUGAAGAGGAGGAGGCAAUAAUCACGGGUGGAUGAACUGGACUCAAAUCCAGCUAUAGAUUCCUACUUUACAAAGAAGACAGGUACCUCAGUGAAAAAUGCAGAUAAAGAAGAACAGGAAUGAUCUAUCUUCGCUGCCUCUCUCUGGAGUCUAAAAAGCCGAGCAGACGGUUGAACCUGGAUGUCAGGGUUACCCAGCGCCAAGCAAGACCAGCCAAAUGUAAACCAGCGCUUACGGCAGAGUUAAUGCUGAAGACAUGAGGCAUGGACAGAGUCACCAUGGGAGUUUGGUCUAUGAGGCUUCCACUGGAGUGGUGCUGGUUCUGCUGGGGCUUCUGGGCUCAGUCAGUGGCUGUCCUACUAUCUGCACCUGCUAUCACAACACAACUGACUGCUCUGCUGUGGGGCUCGUCUCUCUGAUGCCCAUCCAAAAGCAGCUAGGCUUGGAUUCACUAGUGCUCCAUCUUUCUCAGAACAACCUGUCCUCCUUGGGUAGCAGUGACAUGCUGAACCUCAGCAACGUGGAGCUCCUGGAUCUGUCCCACAACCAUUUUCACAGCUUGCAGCCUAGAGCUUUCAUUGGCCUGAGCAGCCUUCAGUGGUUAAAUCUCUCUUCUAACUACCUUGGUGUUAUUGUAACAGCCUCUGACCUCCCUAACAGCACAGUGACUGGCCACGGACUGAAUGGAAGUGUUGGUUUAAGCAAGGAGGUCUUCCAGGGAUUGUGGCAGCUUCAGGGGCUUGAUCUGUCCUCUAAUAGCCUUCUAUUGUUGCCAAAGGGCCUCCUGGAUAGGCUUCAGAGACUCACCUGGUUGUCCCUGGCUCGCAAUCGGCUUAAGACCCUGGACAGAGUUACAUUUGAGCCCCUAGUUAACCUCCAGCAGCUCCAGUUGGCUGGAAACCAUUGGGAAUGUGACUGCAAAUUGAGGGAUUUCAAGAACUGGAUGGAGUGGUUAAUUUACAGAGAUGGGCAGGUAGAUGUGAUGCAGUGCAAUUUUCCCAGGAACCUGAAGGGCAGGGACAUCCGUAGCAUUCCAGCAGAGAUGUUCACUUAUUGUGCAAGUCCAACCAAGAAUAUUGCAUUGAAUCAGGCCACUAAGCCUCCCUGCCCGCCAGGGCGGCUCAGCAGCACGGAUGAGUGUGUUCGGCAGCGACAUAGGCCAGUCAGCGUACGCAGAGCACAUGGCACACAAAUAGUGGCGGGAGUGGUGUGUGGCACAGUGUGCAUCAUGAUGGUUAUUGCAGCAACUUACGGCUGUAUCUAUGCCUCACUCAUGGCUCGGUACCAGAGAAAGAUGAAGAGCCGCGGGCAGCCUCUGAUAGCCAAGUCUGGAACUGAAACUGACCUGGAUGACAUCCCAGCUUUAUCUACUGACACACCCAAAGACGGCUAUGACUUUGUGUAUGGAUAUCGAAUCAGCAGCUUCUGACACGCCGAGAUCCAAUUGCUUUGGCAACUUUGCUCUUCAGUUCUCAAACAGUGUCUCCACGGAGAAACUCUGCAAUUCUGUCACUGUGCUAAAACUCUUUGGGUAUGGAGUGAUUGUAUAACUACUUUAAAAAGUUAGACUAGGUGAAAUUUAAAAACUGUAGCACAUUUGAAAUGCAUUGGCGUUCUGCAUAUGAAAUAUAUAGGUGUGCUGAUUGGCACAUCUGGACAUUCUAGUUUUUUUAUUUGUUUUCCUUUCUCUAUCAAAGCACCUGACUACAAGCUUAAGAUGCAUAACAAUACAAAUUAAAUUAGUUUCCCACCA